GGAGGAGUCGAGAUAAUUGAUAGCCCACCAAACUCGUCUCAUAAUAUUGGAUGAUUUUUUUUUCUCUUCAACCCCAUGAACUGAUGAUAUCCAAAGCUUAGCCUAUACCAUGCAGGCGGAACGCGGGUGCGGGUGGGAAGUUAGAGUUAGUCAAUUCAGAUACCAUCAUGUCUUGUGUCAUAAUUUUGGUUCAUUUUUUUGGCGCGAGUGGCACUUGCGAUUCGGGCCUACAAAACACUGAUUGAAACAGUCAACGAAAACUGAAGUUGGCACUCGCGUCAGAUGAUAACAGUGGUCGACUUGGAGUGUGACUGGUUUUGCACAGGGGUCAACUUGUGCCGAAAGGUCACGAAAAGCUAUAGCGACGCCCGCUACUGACGAAAUGAUGAAAGAAAAAAAAGAUAUAUGCUACGGACAUGCGUAUCCAUCAUAACACCCGAAGCGCAGAUCUCUAGCAGAAUAUAAACAGUUGGCAAGGUGACUCCUGGUAACUCUGGGGGUAUUCUUCGCGCAGUGAAAGAUAUUCUUCCAGUUCGGAGAGCGAUCUUUUUGGAUAUUCCUGACUGACUGGACGGUUCCGAGUUUCUCUCUGUUAAAUUUUUCUUCGGCUACCGACUGCGCGAGUGAAGACCGAGGGUGAAGUGCGGUCGGCCCGGCGAUGCUCAGUCAACAGUGCGGUGGGGACGACUACGGUAUCCACGGCCAGCCACCACACAGUACCGGCACUUUGCCGGGCUCAUCGGCGGGGAUGUCCCCGUACGCCCGGCCACACCGUCAGCAGCAGCAGCAGCAGCAGCCCGGACUGCGGUCCACCGGUUCGUCCAAGAUCGACCCAAGUUUCAAGUCCAAGCGCUACCGGGACAAGCUGCGCGAGCAGAUCAAGGCUUUGGAGAAUCUGCUCCCCAUCGACAAGGCGACACUGCACCGCAAGCUGGACAGCCAGACGGUCUUCAGACUUGUCAUAUCCUACUUCAGGACUAAAGUCUUCUUUCAGGUCGCUGUGGAGAAGCUGGCCUUCCGUUUUGGCGGCGCUCGUGUGGGAAAACUUGCGAGACUACCAAAUCGCGACACCUUUUCCUUACCCUUCUUCCUGAUCCUUGAUGUGGCUCGUCCCGUACUGGAGAGAGCCAAUUAUGGUACACUGGAGGUGGAAGUAGCAGGCAGCGCAGGCGAUAAGAGAGUAGCCUACAUAUGUCAUUCCUUAUUAAAGCGAGUUCACUUUUUUCAUUUUGGCACAGUUGCAGGUUUUUCCUCCGUGACCCCGGACGAGGCUGAGGUGACCGGACAGCAGACGCCAGCCAGCCGGGAUCCCCACAAGUCUCAUCCCGCCAAAAGGGAGUCUCUUCUUACGGAAGCUGUCUGCAAAGACUUCUGCGACCGUUCCGAGGUUCAAUUAGCUCUUGAGGCUCUGGAUGGAUUUCUUCUGGUGGUCACCUCCGAUGGGACCAUUCUCUACUCCACAGAGAACAUCUCCAGCCACCUGGGCUUCCACCAGGUGGACCUGGUGCAUCGCUGCCUAUACGGCAUCAUCCAUCCGGACGACCACCCUGAACUCAAGGCGGUGCUGGAACAGACACUUGCGUCUCCUGGCUGCCAGUCACGUGUGCAGAUGGAGACAGCCUAUGGUGUCAGGUGUGGGAUAGAAGAGCCGGGUACCAGUGACACAGGUAAAGUGUCAUUCCUAUGCAGGAUGAAGUGCUUCAAUGGAACCAGCACAGGGUUCGUGAAGAUGCACUGCUGCGGGACGAUGCAUUCUUUCCCGGGGGCGGUCAAGUCCGGCCGCACCUCCUGCCAGGUUCUCUUCCUGGCCUUCAGGCCCAUCACCUCGCUGGCCCAGGACACGGAUAUUGAGUUCAAGCAGAACGUCUUCUGGAGCAAGCACGAGAUGGACCUCACCUUCAAGUUGCUGGACACCAGGGCAUGUGACGUGUUGGGUUUUGACCCGAGUGAGCUGGAAGGCAGGUCACUGUACGACAUGAUCCAUCCGCAAGACCUUGCAGCUAUGUACACUUGCCAUAAGACCUUGGUUGACACGGAGGAGGUCCACACGCUGUAUUUCCGGCUGAUGACCAAGGACUCCUCCUGGGUGUGGCUUCACACAAGGGCAAAGGUCAUCGUCAAGAAUUCCCGCAAGCACUCCAUAGUGCUGACCCAUUGCCCUGUCAGGGAAAUGGACAGCUCCUACCUACAUCAUGAGGCAAAGGCCAGGGCCAGGUAUGGCCUAGACGAAUACCUCAAGAUGAAACACAUGAACCACUCAGGAACCGAUGGGGAGACAUCGUCGUCGACACCAUCUACCACACCGCAACCAGACUGCAACCAGACCAAGCGACGCUGGACCAGCAACGACACGUACGUGGUGGCGAGCCAGAGCCCUUACAAACUGAAAGACGAUUACUCGGCAUCACUGCACAGCCCCCACGGGGCCUGCCCGUCCAGCUACCACCAGUCCUCGGACCGGCACUCCCCCGUGUACCCAUCCACGUACGCUCCUCAUCGCUACCAGAAGGCAGCCCAGGGGGUGCAGAGUCCCCCGGAGAAGGCCUCCAACGAACGGGAACCUCCCCCCAUGAAUGUGAACUUCUACGAUUACGCCCACGCGUCGGAGGAUUUCAUCCAGGGGCCGCCGUUGUAUCCGAGCCACCCCCAGCCCCAUCCGGCGCUGUCCAUGUACCAGAUGGUGGCGCACUUGCCUCCCGAGAUGUACGAUGCGGACUCGUACCGCAAGCACGCCCUCAUGUUCAUGGAGAGCCACCCCCAUUUGGCUGGCCCCGGCAUGAUGUCAAGUUAUCACCACCAUCACAUGGCCCAGUAUCAGCUCCCGCUAACCCCACAGACAUCACCCCAGUCCUUCUACCCUCAGGGGCACUUCCCCACGCACUACCCAGAGCACGUACCUACAGUGCACCCAGCAGGGUCCGAGACACUCUCCCCUCCCCCGUCACCGAACCGAAAUUUCAAGCCUGCCUGCAUGUACUCAUCGGUUGGAUCGGGGGACGGAUGUGACAAAGGUCCCGAGCCAAUAUUCUCGGCGGACUGUUGCAAGGCGGAACAUUACACCUCUUUAUUCGUAAAUGGUGCCGUCCAAGUCAAGCUACUUGACGGUGCAACGUACCCGCGCACUCAGUACACCAACGGCUACAGCCACGAAUAUCCCCACGGCGACCAGUAUUCAUCAGAUAGCAGCUGUUUGUAUGGCAACCACUACGAGACGGACAUUGAGCUGAAACCGUUCCAGAGGAUGGGAGCUCUGCCUCAUGACAAAUUGGACGCUUCCACCUGCAAUCUUGUAUCCUACACCGACGCGCCAGUCGACAGCAGUGUACCCAUUCACGGUUACCAUAGCAACCGGGUGGCACAUGACAGGGAGAGAUGCUUACCGUGCCCGAUGGCCAAUACCAGGAACGGUUGCCUAGCGCCCAAGUUACCUCCGGUGAAUGAUGUCAGAAUCCUGAGCCCCGCCUCCUCUUUACCCCCCAUCGGAAGUUUCCUCGAUUUUCUGAAUGAGGACGGUGGAAUGGCUCCGGUGGAAGAAAGUUGCUGAUUUGCAUAAAUGUAUUGAAAACUCUUUGUAUGGCUCAGCAUAACACUCAGUAAACAACUUUUCUUUUAUCACCAAUUUUUUUUUUCUCAAGUAAAAGUGUUUGUUUUAAGUAAGUACAUCCUAAAAAUAAAGAUUUUGCACUGGAUUUUUCUUUUUCUAUUUUUUUCUUGUUCAGAUGAUGGUGAUGCCGCAAAUUAUGCUUGUUUGUAAAAAUGUCAAAAAAAUUUGUUGUUUUUUUCAACACACGUGAUGUAGCCUUUUAUUGCAUUGGUUGACUCAGAUGCUUUCUACUGCUGAAUGUUUUAUUGAUUU